UUUUACAUCCCAGUGUUGUCUGGGGCAUGGGGUUGUGCAAGAAAUGUGGCAGUGUCCAGGGUGUCACAAGUGUACAGGACAGUGAAUUUUGCUGGCUGUGCCCCCAACUACGCAUCUCACCUUCGGAGGAGGGGCUGGCGAGCACCAGGGCACCUUUGCUUGCUGCAUCAUCACUGUCUGGAACCCCAGAUUUGGGGCACAUUCAGGAAGUAGCGUGUUCUGGAAAUGCCUUUAUUGAUCCACAGAGAAUUUUUGGUCCAUUGCCCCAGGCCUGCCCAGGCUGGAUGAUUCCAGACAUUGGGACAGAGCUCUGGGGUUGAGACCCAUCAAACACUGAGAUCCUCCUCCAAGAAAAGGUUGCACUAAACCCCCCCACUCAUGGUCCAGGGAGGGCAAAGGAAACUUCUCUGCCGAGCCUCUGGGAAGGGAAAGAAGUUGCUCAUGAGAAAUCCAAAGCUUGAGUUUGAAGUCCAAAGUUACACUCUUGCACAGUGCAGGCCCCUGAGUCCAGAGCCAGUGGUGGGCAGAUGAGAUCGCGGGGCCCCAGGGAAACACAAAUGCGACCCUUCAGCAGCAGGGCCACAGCCAUUCCCAUAAAGACACCCCCUCUGAAGAGGGGCUCACCAGGCAAAAUCAUGAACACACUCCAUUCAACGUACAAGUAGGCAGGUUAGAGAAAGAACAAAAUACAACUUUGGAAAAUGAAGUGUACAGUGUGUCUGUCAGUCAGGGUCUUGCUCGGAGGCAGAAACUGUGAAAGGAUUUGAAUGGCUUAGUAUAAAAAUUGAUGCGAAUUUAGCGUAAGAAUCAUUAAUUAGUAACCCGGGGGCACAGAGGGUGGAGCCCGCAGGAGGCUGGGCACAUUCUGGAGACACCCUCAUGGGGGAGGGGGAGGCCAUGGCCCCUGGGUGGUGGCGAGGUCACCGAGGUGCCCCGGCCAGGGCUAGCCAGCAGAAAACUGCCCGCUGAGACGCUGGCCAGACUCUCGGGGCCACCCACGGCAGGCAGUCCCAGGCUGGGCGUGGCCAGUGCUCCAGGGGCCCGGUCUCCCGCCUCCAGUGGUGGGGGCACCUUCCCCAGCAGAGAGGAAAUGUGUGCGGGAUCCGGGAUCAGAGCCCAGUGAUGAACGGAGCUGGGAGGCAGUACAUGGAGUCAAUAACGGAAAUCUCGCUGGACGGGUGGCUGACCCAGAGGGCGCCUAGGAGCCAAGGGUGGUGGGAGCCAAGAUCAGAGAAUGUGGGUCCCCAACAUGUGAAAAUUCAAGUUGUCCUGAGGCCCCUGAAGCUGACUGGAGCAUUUGAUCUGAUUUCCAUGAAAACUGUCACUUUGAGCCAUCUCCGAAACUGAAGUGGCUGUCACUGUACGGAUGACUCUGAGUCACAACGAGACCGGCCUCUUCCCUGCCGCUGGCUCAUCUAUAGGCCAACCCCGCGGGCCGACCGCGUGGCCUGGAUCAGCCCCUGCAGCGCAGGGAGGCGUGGCCCCAGCAAGGACCCCACAGGCAGGGCCGGCAGUGUGGCCAGCAGAGGAAGUGCGGUGGGCCUGACCUCCAAGAGGCACUGCGGGGGCUGCCCUGCCAGACCGGUGGGUAGAGCCUCAGCUCUGAGCCUCCUGUUCCUUCUCCACGUGCCGAGCACUGGGCAGAGCCUCAGCCACGGGGGGACAGUCAGGGGGAGGCGUCCCCACCACCAGCCCUGCUGCAGGGGAGACUGCCCGCUGGCUGCUCCUGGCAGCAGGUGACAAUAGGGGUCUGUCACUGUGUCCUUGUGUCCGUCUCCACCUCCUGAAGACCUGUGGGGCAGAUGUCAGGAGAUCUGACAUGGUGAGGAAGGCAUCGGCCACCCCAGAUGGAUGAGCAGCGGGAGCGGCGGCCGGAGGCCCUUCCUCCCCACUUCAGCCUUCGGCAGGUGCUCUCAGGGGGGCCGAGCUUGCCCGGCUCUCUGGCCGUAGGGCCCCCUCGCGCAGCACAGAGCUCAGGGACCCCCUGAUAGCCGAGCCAGGCUGUGGACACAAUAGGAUUCCAGCCCCCGAAUGAUAAAGGCUUGUUUUUGUCUCCCUAAUUGCUUGUGCAAGGUCUCAAUCUAGGAAAACGUGGUCUGGUCUCUCUUUCCCUGCUCAGAAUUCUCUUCAGCUCCUAUCACUGCUGAGCUGCCCUGUGGCUUCUCCACACACACCCAGAGCUGCGUGCCUUCAGCCAGAAUCUGGGGGGUGGCUUUGGGGAUAAAUGCAAGUGUCCUGAGGGGCAGCUCCGGACCCAGGUCUAAACUUACACCCUGGACUCUCGGUUUUCAUGGAGCUGGGUGAUUUUCCAGCAAGUGUUACAUGUAAAAUAAAGUUUUGCCUUUUAUUAUAAGGAAAUUGUAUCCAAAUGCCAGUAAAUCAGGCAUUGUCUCUAUGCAAAAUAUUUCGGGAAAAUAUUAGAAUAGAUUUGUGCUGUUGUGAGCUUCUUGUGCAUAAUACCUAACAAAAGUUGGGACCCGAUUAUUACAGUGUGUUCAGGUUCAGGAGUCUUUGUGAUGAACAAGUGGGAUUCAGAUGCCAUCGAUAUUUACCUAUUUGAGAGGUAGGCCCUUCUCUCAAAGGCCGGCAGUUGGGGGAAAGCUGUGCCCAUGUGAACCGGGGGGAGGGCACUUGGAGCAGGUAAGAGUCCCACAGGCUAGUUUACAGAUGUGCACACAAUUUGCACAAAAAGUAAAGAUGACAAUUGCUGGAAUGAGGUUUGUAAAAAUUGGUAAUGAUUUUGUUCUUAGCUCCAUAAAUGAUGGCUUAGAGCUAAAACAAAGGCUGGUUUGACUGGGUCAAAGCUGUGUCUGUUUUCCCACUAUUUGCUUUUUGCCCCACUAUUGGAACAAUGGCUCUAGUGCUCUCUCCACUCUCUGUCACAUUUCCCCACCGUUCGUUUUCCUUGACCUUGCUUUGUAGGGAGCAGACUCUGGAAAAUUAAGGGACACCAAAGGCAGCCAGACAUGCCACACUAAUUAUUAUGCCUUUAUUCCCCAACCUAAAAAGUAUUCACAUUUGAUAUGUCUUCAAAUUUGUCUGAGUCAGAAUGAUCUUUUCCAGUUUUAUUAUACCCCCCUCCCCCGGCUGGUCUGUCUCCUGUUUUAAGCCACAGACCCUCUCUUGCAUGUUCAUCUGCUAUUAACUAAGGUGUGGAAAGACACGACCAGGGCAUCUAGGGACACCCACCUUCUGGGAUUCUGCCAAGUGUGGGAUCACCCACUAAAGCUCACAAGAGAAUAAUUGAAUGACGGUGCCUGUUUAUUGACUUGCCGUGGGAACUAUGACUGUCCAGUGCUCAGAGGUCAGCAUGGUCUUUCCCUUUCAUCAAAACUAUACAGGGGAAAAUACUAUCCAUCUACGGCAGGAUAGAAGAACACUGAAUUCCCGCUAACGAGCCCGUCAAGUAGUAUGCAGUACCUCAUACAGAAAGCAGAAAACAUUAUUUAUAGAAUUUAAAGAAGGAUCAGACAAACAGAAGGGUAUGCCAUAUUCGUGAACUGGAGGGCUCCAUUAUCACUACGAAGAUGUCAGAUCAUGUUAUAGAGGUAAUGACAUAAAAAUGGAGCAGCUUUUCUAGGUGGAAAGGGACAAGCUUUUGGGACAGAGCUGGGACCAACUGGGACCAUCCAGAGAGGGCAAGGGGGCAGGAGUGGUGAUUACUGGGGAUUUACAUGCUGGACACAAGACCUCCUAUAAAACCCAGUUGCUGGGAGAGCAUGAACUCGGCACAGAAGUUGAUGAACUGAUUCACAGGACAGAACUGAAAGCUCUGGGCAGAUGUGUGUGCACGGGUGUGAGAUUUAUAAUAAAAGAGACACUGCCUGGUGGUGGGGAACUGGUGGCCUUGUCAACAAAAGGAGUUGGGUGAACCGGAUCCACAUGGAAAAGAAGUGAAUCCUGACUCUUCUCACCAUGCAUAGUGAAUAUCAGGUGAUGGGAGAAGUUUCUAGAAGCUUCAAGACUAAGUUAGGAGAUAAGGAAUGAUGAGGGCAAAGCCCUACCCAUGAGGAAAGACUGAUGAAUCAGCUGCAGUAGAUGCACUAAGAGAGCAGGAAGGCAAGCCAAGGAGUGAGGACGUUGGUAGCAGAGCCCACCCAGUCGGGGACCCAUGUCCAGAGCAGAUAAAGAACAAGAAAGUCAGCAAGAUGGCUCCGUGGAACUGGGGGAAGGACAAAAAAGAAAAAAAGCAACAUGCGCACACCAACAUGACGUACACGUGCACACUUACACCUGAAGACCAAGAAUUAUGGGAGAAGAUGCACGGUUCCCUUGGGCUUUAUGACCGUGACAAAACCCCCACAGAACUGGUGACACAUGUGCCACAGCAGCUCAGAGAAAGAAGGCUGGGAAUGCUGCGUGUCAGCCGGAACAUGAAGCGACCGGACCGGGGGGAACCGCCGCAGUGGCCCACUCAGGCAGUACCUCUGGAAACUGCUUGGUGUUGUCUGCUAGCGCUGGCCCUCUGCCACCCCGACCCACGAACCCCACCGCCAGGUGUGCACCCAACGGAGACGCAGUCAGACGCAGAGGUGGCAUGGGGAAGGGGCCACGUGGGCUCAUCAGGUGGAAACACCCUGUGGGCAUGAGAAACCGCGGCCGCACACACGGCACGGCACGGGUGACCGUUACCACUGUGGGGAAUACAAGAGGAUGGACAUGGAAUAGCAGCGCGCCCUUUACAAACAGAAGCAGCCUAUAGUGCGUCUCAUGGGCACCGUGGCCACCCACGGGGGCUGGAAGGAAGGGGGCUCUGGGAAGCUUUGGUGUUCUGUUUCCUGAUCCGGGAGGGGGUUCCACUGAGAACCCCCUCCCAACGGCGUGGUUGACUCAGGCACUUCUCCACCCGUAUGCUGAAUUGCAGAAUUUUCUUAGGAAGUGUCCCUGUGGGAAGGACACGCAGGACCACAGGAGCCGCCGAGUGAGGUGGGAGCUGGCAGGGGAGUGGGAGCCCCCAGGUCUUGAACUGGAGGGAAAGCCUGAUGCACCCACUUCUGUCAUGAGUUGGUUUCUGCCUGUUGGCGCCAAGUUCACGUCCAGAGCCUCUGACCCGGGAUGACACCGACCAAGGACAAGAAGCACUCUGACCUCUCUGUGACCUUCUUUCUCCGAAAACACAGUCUCUUCGGACUAAGAAAUGCACAGACGGACGUGAUGCACCAGAACGUCUACGACUACAUCCACGUGGACGACCGCCAGGACUUCUGCCGCCAGCUGCACUGGGCCAUGGACCCGCCCCGGGCGGCGAGCGGGCAGCCGCCGCCCGCGGACACAGAGGACGCCGUCCUGGGGAGGCUGCUGCGCGCGCAGGAGGGAGGCGCCGCCGCGCCCGCGGACUUCUCGGCCUUCCUGACGCGCUGCUUCGUGUGCCGCGUGCGCUGCCUGCUGGACAGCACGUCGGGCUUCCUGACAAUGCAGUUUCAAGGAAAACUAAAAUUCCUGUUCGGACAGAAGAGGAAAGCACCAUCGGGGACAGUCCUGCCCCCUCGGCUCUCGCUGUUCUGCGUUGUGGUGCCCGUCCUCCUACCUCCUGUGGCAGAGACGAAAGGGAAGAACGCGUCCCUGAGGGCAAGGCACAGGGUGGACGUCUCGGCCCCGACGGACACAAAGUUGAGGUGCGAAGUGGGCUCCUGCUGCCCCAGGUGCCCGAACGGGGCGAGAGCUACCGCACAUCAGGGUGAGCUAGACCUCCACGGGCAGCCCAGCCACCUCGCAGGGAGGAGCAACGGAGAAAACACUGCAGUGCUCAGGACACAAGCGGACGCGGGACGCUGGGCCCGGGUUCCAGCCAGGGCCCCAUGCCUAUGCCUCAGAAGUGGCCCCGACCUCGUUUCUGACCCCGAGGGGGCUGCAGGGGACAGGGGAGGAGACGAGCCCGGGAAGGUGCCCAGUGGCCGCUCAGGAGCCACGGGGCGGAGGGAAAUGCACGCCUACAGCUGCUGCUUCGAGGCGCCUGGACCCGUGAAGCCUCUGGGCUGGAUGCCAGGGAAGCACGGCCAGGACGGGGGCACCAAGCUGAAGCCAGGGCCCAGCGAGAGUGUCCCGUUCUCCGUGCGCGCCGUGUCCCGAGGCUCCUGCGUGCCCUGCCCAGGCAUUCAGGGCCCCAUUCACGCCAGCGGCGCGACGGCUUUCAGAAAUUCGCCCAGCUGCCACCCAGGAGGCCGUUCUCCCCAGGCCCACGUCAGCUGCACCGGCAGAGCUCUGCAGGACAGCGAUCAGGGCCAGGUGCGCCCUCUGCCCAGCUGCCCCUUCCCCCAGGGGAGCCUGGACAGUGGGCUCCCUCAGCCCAGAGGGCAGCGUCUCACAGGGGCAGGCUAUGCCAUUGAGGACACCAAGCUUCGAGGUGGGCCUGUGCCCUCGGGAGCCUCGUGCAGCCCCAUCUUGUCGCCUGAUGUGCCCAUCAAAAUGGAGAGUGACUCUGGGUCUGAGGACACAGCAAACGGCUACUCCAUGUCCCCAAGCCAGGUGUGGCUGAGAGCCAGUGGCCUGGCCAAGGGACAGAUGGUCACUUUCCCUACCAGGAUGCACCUGAAAACAGAGCUGGAAGCCAGGCCCCACCUGUAUGCUCCGCACCUGGGGCGCAGCUUGCUGGAGGCUCCCCUGAGGGGCAGGGGUCCCCUCAGAGCUGGGCGGGAGCUGGUCCCUUCCCACCCCGCAUACUGCACCUGCCUGGGGCGUGCGCACGGCUUUUCUGAGCCAGAUCCUCCCCCCCACUUCUGUGCACAGGGACACCAGCCCCCUGCACUGGGCUGUGACUGCAGAGCUCCGGGGACCGUGCCCAUUGUCAAACGAGAGCCCCUGGACUCACCACCAUGGGCCAGUCACAGCCAGGGCGGGGUGCCUGGAAUGUUCCCCAAAAGUGCUGUGGCAACGCCAAUGCCUCCCAAGGCCCCCGAGGGUGCUUUCCUGCCAUAGAGUGGGCUGCUCCCACAGCUGGCCUCUGUCCACGCCCAGACUCGCCCCUCAGCUGGGGCAGUGCGCACAGGAUCCGAGCCUUUCUGAAGGGACACUCUGCGAGGCUGCCCUAGCUCAGUCCUCUGUUAGGUGUGGGCGGCGUGUGCCACGGCCUAGUCUGUUUUUGGUAAACGUCACACAGGUUCUUAAAUGCAAAGUGGUCUGAAGUCUGUUCAAGUAGGACAGUAUUUCUCUUUCAAGGAUUAAGGUUUUCACAAAGAGGCCCAAGGGAGACAAGUCGGCCCGGAGGGCAUCCGCCACUCUCUGGGGUCAGUGGGCUCCUGGCCGAGCGGCCUCACGCAGUAGCUUCCAGUGCUCCCCACACCCGCUUCCCAGCUCGCCUGCGCUGUGACGGCGGGCCACCCCCUCUGUGCAGGGUACGGCAGAGGGUGGCCGUUACCCUCGGUGUACGUGAGGGAUGUAAUGCUCUCGAGCCACAGGUGACCGUGCCACCAUUUGUGGUAGGAAUCUGGAACGUUCCAGGCGGAAGAGCAUGUCUGCGCUGGGACCCACCCUUUGUGCUAUGUGCAGCCUGCUCCCCUCGACCCCACAGCCGAGUCUGGGGCCUCGCUCAGAGUGGAGACGGGCAGGACAAUGUCCUGUUCCUCCCGCAAGUCUGUCCUGCAUCAUCAGGGGCCUCCAUAGGUGGUCAUGCUACUCUGUGUCCGGUACGUGGCAAAGCUCAAGUUUACAGAGUCCAGGUUUGGAAGCAGAGAGAAGGACAAAGUGUAGAGAAAAGAGGCAGAAGUCAAGUUGUUCGUGGAGGCUGUAUCGGUUUUCAAAUGAGAGCUCCAUUCGCCCUAAAGAAGACUCACUAGAGAUCAGAUGGACAGGGGAUGUUUUCUAGAAAACCGUGAAGGACAUACGCUCUGACCACAGGAGACCUGAUGCAAAGGCUGACUCAGAAAGCGGCGUCUCCCAUGAUCAGCACCAGCGACGGCCCCUUGUCCCCGGCAGGGCUGUUGGCACCGGCUGUGCUGUCCCGGCAUGCAGCCCACCGCCAAGCCCGCCUGCGCCAUGGUGGACACACUCCUGCCCCUCGGGAACAAGGGCAUCUGUCCCUAAGGUCGCCUUCUGCCAGGAAUCUCGGGAGAUGGCAGGAGUCCCCAGAGAAGACUUGCCUCUCCACCAUUGGUACUUCUGCUCUCCGCGGGGGGCCUUUCGCUCCAGCAUCCAUGGCUUUGGGCUCUCAGUCCGAAGCUGAGCUCAUGCACGGUCCCCUUGUCAGAACUCGGGGCUCAGCUGGGUGGACGGGGUCUUGUGGACACUUGGGCAUCAGCCGGGGUGCCCCUAAACAGGUUGCCAGCUUUGCAGAAGGGUCCCCCUUACGGGAUGGCAGGAGCUGAAGGCAUCCUCCUGGCACUGGCAGAGACGGUCACCCUCUGGAGCCCGGGGUUGGGAGUGGUCAGCAUGUGGCCCCCCAGGGCCAGCCCAGCAGCCUCUCCCUAACUCACCUCCCUGAGGCCUUGCCGUAGGUGACAUUGGUGCUGUGCUAUCCCCACUGCCCCCACCAGAGUCACCCCCACCUGUCAUGAGGGACACCUGCGGGCGACCUCCGGCUGGCCCGGACCUGCCUCACGCAGUUCUCAGGCUGAGCACAGCCUACCCCGGCUCCCCGAGACACGGGGCAGAGUCCCAGACUGCUCUUCCUUCCUUCCUAGUCAAAGCCAGCACUUAAGCCCUGGCCCUCGCUCGCAUGGGACCGUGCACCUCCCUGGGCUUCCUCCUGUGAGGGCAGCGAGCCUCACGCUUCCUCCGUGAAGGAACCACCCAGUGGGCCCCGGCUGGCUGCAGAACUGUGUCCUGAGAUGCACGGGGGCUCCCCCAAGAGGGAUGCCUGCCUUCCCCAACUGAGGAUGCAGAAGAUGGGGAGAAUUGCACACGUGUAACGUGUGACUCGGAAAACACAGGACUGAAAAGGUGAGAUUCAGACGCCAUUGCGAGUUUGCACGCCGUAGCCAGGCCACGCGUGACCACAGAUGAGCUCCAGAUGAGAGCCCUAGGGAGAAGUCUCGAAGCCCACAGUCACCGCUGCCCUCGAGGCCCCUGGUCCCCAGGCGCUCCUCCCCUUGGGCAGCCGGAUGCGUGGGCCUCAUCCUCUCCCCUGCAGUCGGUGGGCAGGUGGGUCCUGCUGUGCUAACGGAGAAUUCGACAUCUGGAAGUCAGCUCUGGGGUCUUGUGUUCUGGAGAUGCCCACCAUCCCCCGGGCCCCUUGAACACUCUGGGUCAGCACCCCAAAAUGUCCUUGAGUCAGCACAUGCCCCUCCUAAAAAGGGUUGUGUGGGGAAAUGAUGGAAUGUAGAAGCUGCAAAGCGGUCACUUUUGCUCUAAAAUGUCAUCAUCAGUACUAAUGCUAGGCCUACGUUUUUCUGUUGUCUCAUAGCUUUUGCUUAUAUGCUAAAAAGUAUUAAAAUCAAACGUAGUGUGGGCAUGGAUGGACAGGAGGACAUGAACACAAGUUACGGUUUAUACUUUUACAGCUUCUACUAGAGGAAAAAAGUUUCCGAUAUCCAGACUGACCUGUUGAAUUUUUAAAAAGUGGAUAUAUUUUAAUGAAACUUUUAACACUGUUUUAAUACUUGCCUUUGGAAAGAGCCUUCAAAUAUAUUUCUGAUACGGAGAUAUGUAUUAAAUAUGCAAUAUUGAUGUAAAAUAAAUCCCAGGUUAAAUCAUGUUUACCAUAAACAGAAAUGUCUACUUGA